AGCCUCAAAUAGGCUUCUCCCUACUGAGAGCAAAACUAAUUGCUCUGCCGUUUGCCUUUCUUAUAUUGGGAACACCAUAAAAAGAUAGCCUUUCAUGCUAACAAAAAAAAAAAGACACUAACUGAACGUCCAGGCAACCCUUUCCCUUCUCGUUUGGAAAACCUUCAAGCAAUCUGUUUUAGCGUUAUCAAGUGAGAAACCUCGCCGGAGAAGGUGAGCUUCGCCGCCGUCUCUUCCUCCUUUGUCUUAAUCCUCAGAGUUUACAGUUGCACCAGUACUCCCCCAGAAGAUAGAAUAACUUGGCAUUCUACCAUGGGAGAUAAGAAACCCUACGUUUCUAUCAUUGUCAUCCAAUUGAUCUACACUGGAUUGUACGUUAUCUCAAAGGCUGCGUUGGAUGAAGGAUUGAGCACAUUCAUCUUCAUUUUCUACCGCCAAUUGGCCUCAACAACCUUGCUUGUUCCCCUAACUAUCAUUUUUGAAAGGAAAUCCAUCUCACGGCUUUCAUUUUGCCUCUCGUUGAAGAUAUUCCUGCAUGCGUUGAUUGGAAUAACUUUCAGCUUAAACGUUUACAAUGGCGGCCUGAAAUAUACUUCAGCAACAGUAGGCUCUGCGGUGACAAACUCAGUUCCUGUGAUCACCUUCUUUUUAGCAUUACUAAUGGGGAUGGAAACUCUGAAGCUUAGGAGCCUUCCAGGGAUAUCAAAGAUCCUAGGGGUAGGAAUAUGCUUGGCUGGAGUUAUAACUAUUGCCCUAUACACUGGGCCUCACUUAAAGCCUUUGAUCAAGUAUCAUCCCUUUGGCCACAAAAAUAAUGCAAGUGAUGGCUCUCUACACUCUAAGGAGAAUUGGAUUAAAGGAACUCUUCUCUUAAUUACAGCCAACUCAGCUUGGUCAUUUUGGAUUGUCCUUCAGGGGUGGUUAUUGAAAGAGUACCCUUCAAAGCUUCAAUUCACGGCCAUAGAAAGUGUUUUCAGUGCAAUACAGUCAUUUCUUGUUGCUCUAGCAUUUGAGAGAGACAUCUCACGCUGGAAGUUGAGGUUGGACAUGGGAUUGCUUGCCAUUGCUUAUUGUGGAUUUAUUGUUACUGGUGUCUCCUUUUACUUGCAAUCUUGGUGCAUAGACAAGAGAGGCCCUGUAUUCCUUGCAAUGUCCACUCCAUUGUCUUUAGCUUUCACCAUGCUCUGCUCAUCAUUCUUAUUAGGGGAGGAGAUUCCUUUGGGGAGUGUUUUAGGAGGAAUAUUGAUGGUUGGAGGGCUUUAUAGCGUCCUAUGGGGUAAGAGCAAAGAAGAGAACAAAUGCCAAUCCUCAAAAGAAAGCACAAAAGAAUGUGAGGAAGAUAAGGAAGUCACACCAACAGAUUAUCAAGUUUAAUUUAGCUUUAUCAUAGUGCUCAUAUGAUGUAUCUUGGCCAUCUAUUUAAUUCUACUUUAUUGGCAUGAAUUAGAGGUUUUGUGAAAGCUUUUUUUUUUGGACGAAUAACUCCAAAAAUUAUACCCUCAAAAGGGGGUUCCAUGUACAAAAGAGAAGGUUGUAACUUACAAUAAGUGGGCUUGAGAUCGACUCGUUUAAAAAAUAUUUAUAAUGAUAUUUUUUAUAUAUAAUAAUAUGCAUCACAUGCAUUGGUGCUUCUCAAACGAGCUCGAUCUCGAGCUC